AUGUGUCAGCCUGUAGGUGCAUAUGAGUACUCGAGAACACAAAAUCCAACUCGAGAGGCGUACGAGGGUGCCUUGGCAUGCGUAGAAGAUGGCAAGCACGGCGCUGUUUUCUCGUCAGGAAUCGCAGCGAUGUCCUCAAUUACCCAGCUGUUGAAAGCAGGGGAGCAUGUGGUAUGUAUGGACGACGUGUAUGGCGGUACACACAGAUUCUUCACGAAAGUGGCAGUGAACAACGGCAUCGAAAUGGAUUUUAUUGAUCUGCGGGAUGAAAGUAUACGCAAAGCUUCGUUGCGCACGAAUACUCGGAUGAUCUGGAUCGAGUCCCCAACAAAUCCCACCUUAAAGCUUGUUGAUAUCCAGUCGAUUGCUAGAAUAGCACAUGAGUACAAUAAAGAUAUUAUUGUAGUUGUAGACAACACAUUCAUGUCGCCCUACUUCCAACGGCCGUUGAAUUUAGGUGCAGACAUAGUGAUGCAUUCGGUCACAAAGUAUCUUAACGGCCACAGUGAUGUGUGCAUGGGGGCCGCAGUCACCCGGUCGGACACAAUUGGGAAACGUCUCCACUUUAUUCAAAACGCUAUGGGGGCGACUCCUUCUCCAUUCGAUUGCUACCUUGCACAUCGUGGAUUAAAAACGCUUCAUUUGCGCAUGAAAGCACACGGCGAGAACGCGAUGAAAAUUGCGUUGUUCCUGGAAAACCAUCCUCGCGUAUCUAAGUGUGUGUAUCCAGGCCUUCAAAGUCAUCCCCAGCACGCAUUAGCUCGUUCUCAGAUGACAGGUUUUGGGGGUAUGUUGUCAUUCUAUCUCAAGGGGGAUGGGAAAGCCACCACCCAAUUUCUGCAACGAUUAAAGAUCUUCACGCUGGCUGAAAGUCUCGGAGCGGUGGAGUCUCUCGUAGAGGUACCAGCGUUGAUGACACACCAUGGACUAAGUCCUGCGCAACGGGCAGCAAUGGACAUUUCGGACAACAUGAUCCGAAUUUCCGUAGGUGUAGAAGAUGUUGUUGAUUUAAUUCAAGAUUUAGAUAACGCCCUGGCCGCGAUAUAAACUUGACAAAUAAAGUAGGUG